AUGAUUAAUGUCAGUAGAAAAGGCUAUGUUUCUAGGUACAAAUCCAAGCCUGUCGCUGUAAAAAUUAUAGAGCCAACCAAAGAAUCAACUGAAUCGAAGGAAAAAUUUCAGAGAGAGGUUAUACUUCUUGCAAAGGUGAAACAUGACAAUAUUGUGAAGAGGACUUUAACGACUUGUACCUGCCUGUUUAUUGGUGCGUGUUUUGAACCAUCUCUGAUGAUACUUACUGAGCUUAUGAGAGGUGGUACAGUUCAGAAGCAUCUGCGGAACAUCAGGCCACAGACCCUAGAUCUAAAGCUUUCCAUAAGUUUUGCAUUGGAUAUAAGUCGGGCUAUGGAAUACUUGCAUGCCAAUGGUAUUAUCCAUCGUGAUUUAAAGCCAGCCAAUCUACUUCUUACAGAAGACAUGAAGCAAAUUAAGCUGGCUGACUUCGGGCAUGCUAGAGAGGAGAUAGCUGGUGCAAUGACUAGUGAGGCUGGUACAUACCGGUGGAUGGCUCCUGAGUUAUUCCACACAGAGCCACUUCCAAGAGGAGUGAAGAAGCAAUAUGAUCACAAGGCAGAUGUGUACAGCUUCUCCAUAGUUCUGUGGGAGUUGCUGAUGAACGAAACUCCAUUCAGGGGAAGGGCUAGUAUAAUGGCAGCAUAUGCUACAGCGAAAGCAGUACGGCCGAGCCUGGAUGACAUUCCUGAGCAGAUCAUCCCACUCUUGGAGUCCUGUUGGGCACAUGACCCAAAGACCCGGCCUGAGUUCACGGAAAUCACAGAUUUUCUUUCUAACUUGUUCAAGGAACUGUGUUCAACUGAGGCUGAACCUCCCAAAGUCGUUGAGACUGAAGUUGAACAUCCUGAGAACUGCAAUGUGAAGAAAGAAGAAUCGGCAAUUACCAACCAUGUGAUUGACAGGCCUGAAGAGAAGAAGAAGGGUAAAAGGCGAAAGAAGAGCAGAUCAUUAAGCUUCUUGAGGGCUGAGGGGUUCACUCCACAGGCUAGGAAUUGUUUUGGUUAUUCACUCACCUUUUGUAGGAUACACAGAAGAACUACAGAUAUAGAUAGGUACACACCAGCCAGGGCAACUGUACAUUGGUAA